GGUCUAUGCUCGACGUGUAGAUGAGCCUGGAAGGAAAAUAGCAUUUUUCAGUCAAUAUUAACACCCUUGGCUCAUCCCAGUCAUGACAGACGCGGAGUUACAAACCUUUACAUCCAUCAUGGAUGCUCUCGUACGCAUCAGCUCCAAUAUGAAGAGCAUGGAGCGUGAGCUGCGCUGUCCGGUGUGUGAGGAGAUGGUGAAGCAGCCCAUAGUCCUGCCAUGCCUGCACAGCGUAUGUGUUUUGUGUGCAGCUGAGGUGUUGGUCCAAAGGGGCUAUCCUCCCCCUGAGUUACCCCCGGAGCCCAACACGCCCACAUCCAGCCCCAACACCCGCUCACCCCGGCAGGCCCGUCGACCCCCGCCAAAAACCGAUCGCCUCGACCGCGUGCUCAGGACAGUUUGUGGAACAUAUCCGGGUCGUAGAAGGAAGGACACUCCUGUCCUGAUCAUGAUGUUUCCCUGUCCGACCUGUCGUUGUGACGUGGAGCUGGGAGAGCGAGGACUCAUGGACUGUCUCAGAAAUCUUACGCUGGAGCGCAUCGUGGAGAGGUACAGGCACACAGUCAGUUUGGGCAGCAUGGCGGUGAUGUGUCAGUUCUGUAAGCCACCUCAGACCUUGGAGGCGACUAAAGGCUGCGCCGACUGCAGGGCUAACUUCUGUAAUGAGUGCUUCAAGCUGUACCACCCAUGGGGCACGCCACGCGCCCAGCACGAACACAUCCUGCCCACGCACAGCUUCAGGCCCAAGGUUCUGGUAUGUGUUGAGCAUGAGCAGGAACGGCUGCAGUUCUAUUGCCGGUCGUGCCAGCGUCUGCUGUGUGCUCUCUGUAAGCUUCGGCGGGUCCACAGUGGGCACAAGGUCAUGCCCAUCGCUCAAGCCUACCAGGCUUUAAAGGACAAAAUCACCAAAGAGAUGAAUUACGUCUUGGCCAAUCAGGAGAUGGUACAGGCACAAAUCACCCAAGUAGAGAGCGCCAUCGCUCAGACAGAGGUGAACAGUGCAGUGGCUAAAGAGCAGCUGAAUCAGUGUGUGAGUGAGCUGCGGGGGGUGCUAGCUGAGAGGCAGGGAGCUCUGGCUAAAACUGUUGAAGGAGCCAGGGCUCAGAGGGCUGAAGCUUUAAACAGUCAGCUCUCCGAGAAACAGAGCCUGCUUGAAAACGCUGGACUCCUCACCUACACACAGGAGCUGCUCAAAGAAACUGACCAACCUUGCUUCGUCCAAGCUGCCAGAAUCACCCACAACAGGCUGGUGAAGGCGAUAGACAACUUGCAGCACUUCUCCCUCACUGCUGAUCCCUCAUUCCGACACUACCAUAUGGACGUCUCCAGAGAGCUCAAGCUGCUCUGCAGCAUGGAUUUCAUACAAGCUCCACUGGCUCCUGUAAUCGACACUCAGAAGACUCUGGCCUAUGACCAGCUCUAUCUGUGCUGGCGGCUCCCCCAGGACUCCGCCCCCGCCUGGCAUUACUCAGUUGAAUAUCAAAGGAAAGUGGGUGGAGCUGGACCGCUGUGGGGCGGCGUCAAAUCUGAAGGCACGGGAGGUGGCAGUAGUCCAUGGCAGCGAUUGGAAGAGGUGGGCGGGACCAGUGCUGUGAUUGACAGGCUGGAGAUGGACAGUGUGUAUGUGCUGAGGGUGAGAGGCUGCAACAAAGCGGGGUAUGGGGAGUACAGUGAGGAGGUGUAUCUGCACACACCACCCGCACCAGUCUUGUCAUUUUGUCUGGACUCCCGUUGGGGUUUACAUGCGGAGCGGAUCGCUUUAGGUAAAGGUCAGACGUACGCCCGCAGCGUGCCCGGACUGACCCUUUUGCAGGCUGCUGACCGCGCCCUCACCUCCUGCCAUCUGACCUCUGACCUCCUGGUGGCUGACGCGUCCGUCACUCAGGGCCGUCACUACUGGGCGUGCUCGGUGGAGCCCGGCUCCUACCUGGUCAAGGUUGGUGUUGGUCUGGAGGCAAAGCUGCAGGAGUGGUUUCACUUACCACAGGACAUGGCCAGUCCACGGUACGACCCUGACAGUGGCCACGACAGCGGCGCUGAGGAUGCUCAGGACUGUCCUCCUCCGUUCUGUUUCCUGACCAUGGGCAUGGGCAAGAUUCUGCUGCCCAAGUCUGCCUCGUCUAACACAUCGUCCGCCCCCCUCACCGCCCCCCUGCCGCCCCGCCUCGGGGUGUGCCUGGACUUCGAGAAGGGACGGGUCACUUUCUAUGAUGCUCACUCGCUCCGGGUGUUGUGGGAGGGGACUGUUGAUUGCUCCGCCCCCGUCUGCCCCGCCUUCUGCUUCAUUGGUGGAGGGGCUCUUCAGCUGCAGGAGCUGAUAGCCAAUCGCAGCACGGAGCAAACCCCGCCCAGAAGAGUAACCAUCCAGUCACGUGCUACCAAUCUCAGUAACUGAAACGACUGCUAUGAUGAAUUCUUCAGGAUAAUCUUUAAUGACAAGCACCUUUAAAGUCUUUUUAUUUUGUUUUUUUUAUUUUUAUUUAGUAUCUUUUAUGCUUGUGUUUUUUAUUUAUGCCUCACAGA